AUGAAAGCCGGGGCAUCUCAGGUGACCCCUGAGAAGCGACCGAUGCGCUCCGUCACAGAGCGGCUGGCCCAGCCAGGGGUAGGUCCCGACGCAGAGUUUCCAGGUUUCAACGACGUAUCCUUCCACGGAUCCCCGCAGAUUCCCACUCCGAACAUUGAUGACCCUUGCCUGAAGGGUGGAGGAGGGCUGGCCUCCAGGUAUGAGACCCACAUGGUUGGGAAGUGGCACAUCGGACAGAACCAGCUCGCCGCUUUGCCGACCUCCCGAUACCUCUGGGGUGCCGAGGAUUACUGGACCCACAUGACAGGGGGUGCCUAUGACCUCCUCGAUGGCACGCGCAGUGCCUUCGAGUACAACGGCACGCACUCGUGUUGUUUGGAGGUUCAGCCGUGGAAAGAAACAGCAUGGCUUGUGGGAAUGCCUCUGCUGGAGCACAUGCGACCAGGAAAGUGGUUCAACUCCUCCGGGACUCCCGCUCCGACAAGUGACGUGGCUGCUCCCCAGCCUUUCUUCAUCUACCUUGCCUUCCAGAACGUGCACUGGCGCUUCGACGGCAAGACCGGGAACAACUCGGUGCGGCAGUCGGUGUGCGCCCUGGCGUCAGCCUUGGACGAUGCUGUCGGAGAGGUGAUCCACACGCUGAAAGAGCAGGGCCUCUAUGAGGACACGUUGAUCAUCUUCGCCUCGGACAACGGCGGCCCCACCAACGGCGACGAAGGCAGCUGGUCGAGCAACUACCCACUGAGAGGUGGCAAGAACUCGCUGUGGGAGGGCGGCACUCGCGUGGCGGCGGCGAUCCGCGGGCCAGGAAUUGCUCCUGAGCUCGUCGGCACGGUGAGCUACCACAAGGUGCACGCUGCCGACUGGCUGCCCACCUUGGUGAGGAUAGCGGCCGACGACAGUACCUGGCUAGAGAGGAAUUGGCCCAGAGGGGAGCCCCGACUGAUACUCGGGGAUGGCAUCGAUGUCUGGGACACCUUCAGCAAAGGCCUAGAAGUCCGGAACGAGGUGCUCCUGGAAGCGCACCCAGAGCACCACUGGCAGAUGCAUGGCAAUGCACUCAUCGUGGGCGACUGGAAGAUCAUCCGUUUUGGAUACAUGGCUUUCAACCCGAAGGUCGAGUUUGGCUGGGUGCCACCGCCCGGGCAGCGGCUUCGGUCGACUACCAGAUUGCUUGCAAGCUGGAGAACCAGCCUAGCUUCGUCGACUAUACGGAGUGCGAGUACGAUUUCUGCCUCUUCAACGUCACAGCGGACCCCUGUGAAUACCACAACCUUGCCAAGCAGCAUCCGGACAUUGUGCAGAGGCUCACCAGUCGCCUUGCAGAGUACCAGCGCACUGCGGUGCCUCAACUGUCUGAGAAAGACUGUGGCUGCGAGCCGGUCAUCGUCCAGGGUGCCUGGCGCCCGUGCGAUGCACCUGACCCGGAUGCCACGUUGCACAUGCCAAGCCUCUUUACUUAG